AUGACAUCAUCCGAUGAUGAUUAUGGCCAAGUAUCGAAUAAUAAUACUGCGAACAACAUCAGCAAUCGACGUAUAAAUAGCAAUAGUAACAACCCUUACUCAGCUGCAUCUAAUAUCGAGAUUCGUUUAUUGAUGACUUCUCGUGACGCUGGAGCUGUUAUUGGCAAAGGUGGUGUGGCAAUACAAAAACUUCGUGCUGAUCAUUCGCGUAUUAUUAUCCAAGUACCUGAUUGUGCCUCUCCAGAGCGUGUGUUGAUAUUGAGUGGCGAAGAAGAGCAAUGUUUCGAUGCAUUGUAUCAAAUCAUUCCAUGUUUAACUGAUAGCGCUCGUCUUUCAGCAUUUAAUCGUAAACGUCAAACAGCAUCGGGAAGCACUUCUGAUCAGACACAAUCAAAUAACAAUAACGAUGAAUCGUCAACAGCAGAAAUUCGUAUACUCGUUCAUCAAAUCUACUGUGGAGCUAUUAUUGGUAAAGGUGGACAACAUAUUAAAGAAUUGCGGCAAAGUUAUAAUCUUGAUAUCAAAGUCUUCUCACAAUGCUGUCCAAUGAGUCAUGAAAGAAUCAUUUGUUUACAUGGAAAGUUAGACGAUAUUAUUGAAUGUUUAAAAAAUAUUUAUAAUUUAAUAUCGACAUCAUCUCAACAACCGCGAGGCUCACCUUUGAUUCAGUAUGAUCCACAUAAUUUCGAUGUUUAUGCUGUGAAUGAAUACGGUGGUUUUGCAAACGCAGCUACUGGUGACAAUCGAUCUGGAUAUAAUUCACGUGGCGCGUAUCCGGCAACUACACCACGAGGUGGUUUAGGUGCUCGAUUUAACAAUACCGCCGUGCUCACUUCGACACGUGUAACAUUGCCGAAUGAACUGGUCGGAGCUGUCAUCGGUCCUCGUGGCGCGAAAAUUCAGCAGAUACGUCAAAGUACUAAUGCGAAUAUAAUUAUCGAUGACCAAGCAAUUCCUAGUGGCAACGGUGGUGGUGGUGACAGAAUCAUAACUAUCGAAGGAACACCGGAACAGAUCAGUCGUGCGCAAUCGCUUCUUCAACAAGCUGUUCGACAAUCUGGCCUUUGGCGACCAUAA